GACGCUAGCCGAGAGGAAUAUGCAUGGGAAGGUCGUGAUAGUGACUGGUGGCACAUCCGGUGUAGGCGAAGCCACUGUCCGCGCUCUGGCAACUCGUGGCGCGCAAAUUGUUCUUCUGACCCAACACUCGCUCUCAGACCCAUUCAUCGUCGAUUACAUCGAGGACAUGAGGCACGAAACGAAUAACCAGCUCAUCACGGCCGAGCAAGUCGAUCUUGCAUCCCUACACAGCAUCCGAACCUUCGCGACGAAAUGGAUUGAUAAUGCUCCACCGAGGAGAUUAGAUAUGGUCAUUCUGUGCGCGAACACAAUAACGCCAGCAGGGAGCAAGAUGGCAAGCACAAAAGAGGGCGUGGAGGUGAACUGGAUGGUUAACUACUUGGCCAAUUUUCAUCUGCUCAGUAUCUUGAGCCCGGCGUUGAGAGCCCAGCCUCCGGACAGAGAUGUGAGAGUCAUAUUUGGAAUGUGCGGAAGCUGGGUCGGAGGGGAUUUGCUGCAUAUGACUCAGCCUGUAGAGGCAAGCAAGAGUAAGAAGAAGAAUGCGGCCUCGAAGCAACGUCCGACGAAGUUCUCGCCUGGGAACGCAUACGCUACAAGUAAGCUUGCGCUGAUGAGCUUUGCACUUGCAUUUCAGAAGCAUCUCUCUUCGUAUCAACGUCCGGACAAAGUGCCUAUGAACGCCAAAGUCCUGCUCGCAGAUCCAGGAUUCUGCAGAACGCCAGGAACAAGACGAUGGCUUUCAAGAGGGUCUCUACUCGGACUACUGAUCUAUCUCCUCACCUACCCUCUCUGGCUACUAGUCCUCAAAUCUCCAGAAAUGGGAGCGCAAAGCUUCUUACAUGCUGCCAUGGAAGAGUUCAAAGAAGGUGGUUUUCUGAUCAAAGAGUGCAAAGAGCGGGAGUUUGGCAGACAGGAUGUGAUAGAUGAGGAACAGCAGAAGAAGCUUUGGAAGUACAGUGAGGAAAUGGUACAGGAGGCAGAGAAGAGAGGGAAGGAGGUCAGAGAUAAGGAGAAGAGAGAGGACCUUGACAGGAAGGAGGAGAAGCAGGCGGAAGCUGAGAUUCGAGAGUAUAAGGAGAAGGUGGGUAAGAAGGGCAAUAAGAGAGGGUGAGAUGUUGAACCGGCGCGCACAUGGUCAAAAAGCGGUAAAGUGAGAGCCAAGCACGGACCUUAUCCAUCGUCACAUGCAUAGUGCCAAGCCGCGCUUUCCACUUUCAGCUUUAUGCAAACCAUCAUCGCGACACACUCGACACUCCGCAACCUGCCAUCGCACAUCUCGGCAGACAGAAUGGAACCACCAGGAAACCCGAGCAAGUCCACUAUC